CAUUCCCCCACGGAACCACCAGGCACGAAGUCAAGGUUCCGAUAUCCUCUUGGCAGACACCUCGCUCUUCGUCUCUCACUAGAUCACCCGACCAACACCUUCACCGUUUCCAUCUCCGACCCUUCUGUCUGCUUGGUUUCCAAGCAAGGAGAAUGAAUAAAGGGGCUAAUUUGAAGCAGAGAAUUCAGCUCCUCCGGAACAUCUUUCCUAAUCAUAGAGUUUCAUCGCUACUACCUAAGCCAUGUAUGAGAGUAAGAAGGCUUUGACCACAGGCAAAGCACCCUUCGCCUCGCCACAGAAUUGUGCCUCAGAUCCCGGGCUGUGCCCGAUCAACAACAUUCUAAUAUCCAUUUAUUCUGAUACCAUAGGAAAUGUGCAUGAGCGGAACAUAUUUUGAAGCGCACUUGCCAGGCUAGUGAGGUCGCACCGAAGUCAGGGCGGAAUCGAAGGCUUAUUCGUCCGGGUCCUAUCAAGGUGCCCCGGGGAAGUGAAAAUACAGAGCGAACGGGGGAGCGGCGAGCAGGCGGGUGUGAGGCACAGCUGACUGGCACUGUCUCAAGAGGACGUACCGGAGCUACUGGGUGACUGGGAAGGGAUCAGACUUUUGCCCUGCGCCGGUAAGGCACCUUGUAUGUGUCUAGGGCGCGAAUGGCGAUGAGUUUUGUCAAGGAAUCCCGGAGCAGACCAGAAGGAGGGAGCGGCUGCCUCGUGAUCUGCCUUCGCCCAAGUCUCCUGGCUAUCCAUUAGACCGCUACUUUUGCAACUAGGUUUCCGCUUCUCUUUCCGGUUUUGAAUUGCUCCGAGGCAGGCAGACAUCCAACAGGUGCCCGUUUUCUGAAGGAGAUGAAGCGCCACAUCACCUGUUGAACUCCUGCCUGUUGCACAGCGUUAAAGACACAAAAAUGCUGGGAGGCUCUAGUCUAGAGGGUGGGUUGUAGAGGCAGCUUUUCCUUCAGAUGUUCAUGCUAAAGAACUUCUGCACCUGAUGAUUCUACCAAAUAACAGAAAUGGCUUAACUCCAGCUACCUUGCACUUGCUAUUUGGACAUGUAACUAUUGCUAUAGAGGAAAACUCUCAGGACUGCAUCUAUCUUCAGUACUGUAAAAUAUGCCAGUCUUACAAGGCUCCACGUUCACAUCACUGCCGAAAAUGUAACAGGUGUGUGAUGAAGAUGGACCAUCACUGUCCCUGGAUCAAUAACUGCUGUGGGUUUCAGAAUCAUGCCUCCUUCACUCUCUUUCUUCUGCUAGCCCCUCUUGGAUGUAUCCAUGCAGCUUUCAUUUUUGUCAUGACCAUGUACACUCAGCUUUAUAACAGGGUAUCCUUUGGCUGGAGUUCUGUAAAGAUUGAUAUGAGUGCUGUCAGAAGAGACCCCCGCCCAAUCAUUCCCUUUGGGUUGUCUGCAUUUGCUGCGUCUUUAUUUGCUUUGGGAUUGGCACUGGGGACAACUAUAGCAGUUGGCAUGUUGUUUGUUAUCCAGAUGAAAGUUAUUUUAAGAAAUAAAACUUCAAUAGAAUCAUGGAUUGAAGAAAAGGCCAAAGACCGCAUCCAAUAUUACCAAACAAGAGAAACCUUCAUUUUUCCUUAUGAGUUGGGAAGCAAGUGGAAUAACUUCAAGCAAGUGUUCACAUGGUCUGGAAACCCAGAGGGAGAUGGCUUAGAGUGGCCCAUGAGGGAAGGUUGCCAUCAGUACAGUUUGACGAUAGAACAGCUGAAGCAAAAAGCUGACAAGCGAGUGAGAAGCGUGCGGUACCAAGCAACAGAAGACUAUAGUGGUGCCUGUUGCCCUCUUACAAAAGGCCUGAGGACCUUCUUUACAACUCCAUGCAGUGAAGAACCUAGAAUUUCACUUCACAAAGGGGAUCGGGUUUUGGCCACCAGAGGCUUGAAACACUGGAUGUACGGAGAGAAAAUUGACUCAGCAACUGAUGAUGGGAUGAGAGUUAGAGGCUGGUUCCCAAGGAAGUGUGUAGAAAAAUGCCUGUAUGAUUCUGAAGCAGAUCAGCCACUGGGUGGAGAAAAGAAAACAAGAUAGUCCUUUCCCUUUCUUGGUUUUGGAAAUAGAAGCCUUUCUUUUGGAUCACUGUCCUUUUACUUGAAAAUGAACAAUGUGUUUUUGUAUGUUUUCGCAAGGAUGGGUCUCCUAGUGCCAUAACCUUAAAUACCUUUUGCCAUUUUUAAAAUGGAAGAAGCCAUUCCAUGAAUGCCUUUUGAUAUUAAAAUUUUGCAGUCCAGAACAUUGUUCCUGUUUUCCUUUGUAUUUAAUUCUAGUACUGCUCACUUUUAAGUAUCUGCUCUUAUUCAUAAUUGUUACAUUCCUCAAGUUGGCUUUUUACCACCACCACCCUUUAAAAGCUGUAAGAGAUAUUGGGAUGAGCAAAUGCUAGUAAAAAAACUGGAUACCCAGGAUUAUUUUUAAUUUUAAAAUAUGGGUUUUUGUGAAUCAAAUAAAUAUGUAUUUAUGUAUGAU